UCUCUAAUUCCCCUCUUUGACCAUUCUGGACCUUUUCCUCGCCCCAAACCGCCUUAUUGCGCAGGGCUUUUGGGCAUUAUGUAUGCCCUCCUUGGUGUUAUCACUGAAUGGGUGUCACCUGCCUGCUGCAGGCCACCCUCCCCUAUUAUCCCUCCCCCUCUCGUUCUGCCUCCUCCAAGGCCUCCAGCCCCCAUUCAUCAUCCCUAUGAGCCCUAUCCACUGCCCGUACCUGGUCCCCCCGGGGGCAACCUAUGGCAGUAUCUGCUAGGAACUGCAGCAGGGCUCGUGAGGCUUUAG